ACUUCUUGACAAUUUAUAGUGUUUAUUAUUAGUUGAUGUUUAAGUUUUGCACUGCAUUAAAUGCUUAGUAAUCCCAGGAUGCUGGACCAAUGGCACACCCAGUCCGGCCACAUUCAUAUAUCAAGAUGGACAACUUCUACACUGUAACGGUCUAUGAAAAGGGUGCUGAAGUUGUUAGAAUGUAUAAAACUUUGCUUGGAAGUUCAGGGUUUCGAAAGGGCAUGGAUCUAUAUUUUAAGAGACAUGAUGGACAAGCAGUGACCUGUGAAGAUUUUUUUGCUGCCAUGUGUGAUGCAAAUGAUGCAGAUCUCUCUAGUUUCUUAUUAUGGUAUUCUCAAGCUGGGACGCCUCAAGUAAGGGUUACUUCUUCAUAUGAUCCUGAUGCUCGGAUGUAUUCUUUGAAGUUCAGUCAAGAAGUGCCACCUACUCCUGGUCAACCUGUGAAAGAACCUAUGUUUAUACCUAUAGCUCUUGGGCUACUUGACUCAAGUGGAAAGGACAUGCCCCUUACUUGUGUUUAUCGUGAUGGAGUGCAGCAGACAAUUUCAUCAAAUGAUCAACCCGUGUGGAAAACUGUUCUUCAUGUUAAAAAGGUUAGCCAAGAAUUAUUUUAUGUUCAUCUUUUGUGGACCUUCUGUAUGAUUCUAGACCCUAGAUCAUGGUUUGAUGUCACAAGCUUUCUUCAAAAUUUUUUAAAUACUUGUUGAUGGUUGACUUACUAA